AACACACUAUUCAAUAAUCAGUGUACGUUUUGUACAUUAAAUAUUUUUUAAUGCAUAAUGCACAAAUGAUUUGUAUGCAUGUUUCUGUAUUGAGAGAAUUCAUAUAGGUACCCUAAUUUGUUAUAUCAAUGUUGUUAAUUUGUAGUAACUAUUUUUAAUGUAAAAACAUAUGCAUACAUUAUGGCAAAAUUAGGAUCAUAUUAUGGUUUGUGUCCCCUAAUUGAAAGCAAAACUCUGUUAGGCAUUUCUGAAGAUUCAGAAAAAGAAAAUGUAAUUGUUACAUUGGGAAAAAAUAUUGCUGGAAAAUACAGGCUUUCGGAUCAAAAACAAGUAUGUUGCUGGAAGACAAAAGAAAAAUUUAGCUCCCCAGUAUUAUAUGACAAGAAAAGUUCUAAGUAUGUAGCAGCUUUCAAUCAGUCGUACAUUAAAUUGUGGAGUUAUGAAGACGAAAAUUUAGAUAAAUUGAAGAAAUACAAGUUUAAUCAACAAAUAUAUACAAUAUUUUCCAAUAAUGAGGAUACAUUUGUUUUAUUUGAAAAUGGAAAUCUUUAUACUCUUGCAGAAGCUCUAGAAUCAAGGAAAACGUUAAAUUUUGAGGGAGUAAUUUCAAACAUUGAAAAAAUUGAUGAUGUCCUAUAUGCAAAAGUAAAUGAUCAGUUUUAUGUUGGAUUAAUUGUUAGAUCUGAGGAUGAGCUUUAUUUAUAUUGGACAAAGUAUAAUUCAGCAAAAUGUGUAUUUAUAAAGAAAAAGCUAUACAGAGACACUUUAUACAGUUUGAAGGGCUGUGUUAUUCAUGUUAUGGAAAACACUGCACAUUUAUUAACUUUAUGGUCAGAUGGGAGAAUUUUUUCAUACAUUCUCGAAGAAUCUGACAUGCCAUUUCCAGGAGAGUUAUUCACAGUAAUACAACACAUUUCGACAAAAUACACUGUUUGCAUAUCAGCUUUAGAUGAAAAUUAUAUGGCUAUGUUUGGAGCAAAUUCUAAUGAAGAAGGGGCCAUACUAAUUAUAUAUAAUACUCAAUUUAAAGUGACGCAAUCAAAACAGUCUUUUAAAUUGUUUACAAAUGGUGCGAAGUUGUGGAACUACGAAAAUAAUUUGUUAUUACCAGUUGGACAAAACUUAGCAGUUAUUCCCUAUUAUCUAGAAACAGAACAACUAGCGGCCUUAAUAGGUAGUCACAAAUCGAUACAAAGUGAAACCAAUGCUGAUGUUACUCUUGUACAGGAAACAGAAAUUGUUUCUUGGGAUCAUAAGUUUAAGUUAGGGGAUAAACAGAUCCCCGAAACACUUAAAUUAAAAAUGAAUGACCUACUUAAGCAAGGUCUUCCAGAAAGUAUAAUUCUAGAAGAAUUAUUAAUCGUAAUAUUCAGAAACCAAGAUAUUAACUUCUUAUCGUUAUGCAUCGAUUAUUUUUCUGAUAUACCUGAAAAAUAUAUAGCAAAGUUAUUAAAAUAUUUAACUGUUUUAGAUUGUACAGCAUUUCCUAAUCAGUUGGAACAUCCGUCAAAAUCAUUUCCAUCUGAUUUACAACCCAUUAGUAGAACUGAACUAAUUGACAAAAUUUUAUGUAAACCGUUUAGUGAAAUUUUACUUCUGCCAUAUCUACGUUCUGAACUUACCCUGAGUAAUGUCGUCACUUUAUUAAAUUACAUAUGUUUUUUAUGGUCUGAGGAUGGUCAUUUACUUCCUGUCAAGAAUGUAGUGAAAAACUAUGAAAAAUUAAUAGAAUGGAGUUUCGUCAUAAUAGAUGCAAAUUAUCAGAAAUUAUUACUUUCCAAAGAUAAUUCUGUAAUGGAAGCAUUAAACAACUUAAACAAUUUAAUUUUGCAGCAUUUAAGUUCAUUUGAAGAUUUAAAAUUUCUCUCGACCGUUUUAAAUUACUUUAAAAUGAGAAAACCAUGUAGUAAUGGUAUAGGAACCAACAAUAUGAAAUAUUCUGUCGAACAAGUAUGUUUGUACUGAUAAGUAAUAAAGUUAUUAAUU